GUACGAGUAUUGACCCAAGAAUCUCAAUAAAACAAGCAUUUGAAUAUGGAAAAUGUUGUACAAGGGAGACUGAGUAAAAAGGAGGCAUGGACAGAAGGUUGGAGGAUAAAUAAGAGAGAGAAAGAGAGACCUUGGAGCUCCCAUAACGAAGUUGGAGAAUAUCUUAGAGAGAGAGAGAGAGAGAAACUUGAGUACUCUUUGAGAGAGAGAGAGAUGGGAAAAGUUGAUGAAGAAAAGCUCUCUCUCUAUGGGAGCGUAAAAGCAAAGGGGAUGUUUCUGUAUAGGCUGUUUGGUCUAAGUUUUUUGUGUGCAGUUUUGAUGGUUUUGUAUUACAGGUUGACUCAUGUGACAGAGGGUGCUCAAUGGUUUUGGAUGGCCAUUUUUGCAUCCGAAGUGUGGUUCACUUUCUAUUGGGUUCUGAACCAGUCGGUCAGAUGGAACCCUGUUUAUCGCCACACCUUCAAGGACAGGCUCUCCAAGAGGUAUGAAAAGGAGUUGCCAGGUGUGGACAUAUUUGUGUGCACGGCGGACCCAUACAAGGAGCCACCAAUGCUUGUGAUGGGCACUGUUUUAUCUCUCAUGGCCUACGAUUACCCAACCCACAAGCUCAGUGUCUACCUAUCUGACGAUGGGGCCUCAGAAUUUACUUUCUAUGCAUUAUUGGAAGCUGCCAAAUUUGCAAAGCAUUGGCUCCCCUUCUGCAAGAAGUUCCAAAUAGAGCCAAGGGCCCCUAAACCUUUCUUCUCUUCAAUGGCCUAUUCUCAUAAGGAUGAGUGCUCCACCAUCAAGAAAAUGUUCGAAGAGAUGGAAGAGCGAAUUGAAGCAGCAGUGAAGUUAGGGAGAAUCCCUGAAGAUAUUCGAUGUCAACAUAAAGGUUUUCUUGAGUGGGACAAGACACCAUUCACUUCUCGCGAUCAUUCCCCCAUUGUCCAGAUACUGAUUGGAGGGGGAGAUUCAACAGAGGUGGACAUGGAGGGAAUCCCAUUACCUACACUUGUGUAUUUGGCACGUGAGAAGAACCCAAACCAACACCAUAACUUCAAGGCUGGUGCCAUGAAUUCCCUGAUACGAGUUUCAUCAGUUAUCAGCAAUGCUCCGAUUAUACUCAAUGUUGACUGUGAUAUGUACUCCAACGAUUCGAAAUCAAUUAGGGAUGCUCUGUGCUUUCUAAUGGAUGAGGAGACAGGUCAUGACAUUGCUUUUGUGCAGUUCCCUCAGAAUUUCGAUAAUAUGACAAAAAAUGAGCUCUAUGAUGGCUUCCUAAGAGCAAUUGGAGUGGUGGAUUUUCCCGGAAUGGAUGGUCUUGGGGGUACUCUGUAUGUUGGGAGUGGAUGUUUUCAUAGAAGAAGUAUUCUUGGUGGGAAGAUGCUUAAUGAAGAGUUUAAAGAAGAGUUGAGUGGUGGGAAUUGGAGUAAGAGUGAGGAAAAGGCAAAGAUUUUGGAAGAGAGAGGGAAAGAUCUUGCUACUUGCACCUAUGAAUUGGGUACUGAAUGGGGAAAAGAGGUGGGACUGAAGUAUGGAUGCCCAGUGGAAGAUGUGAUUACAGGUUUAUCGAUUCAUUGUAGAGGGUGGAGAUCUGUGUAUUACAACCCAACAAGGAAAGCAUUUUUGGGGGUGGCUUCAACUACUUUGGGGGAUACACUUGUUCAAUCAAAGAGAUGGUCAGAGGGUGACUUUCAGAUUUUGCUCUCCAAAUACUGCCCCUUCGUGUAUGGAUGGGGGAAAAUGAGCGUAGCGCACAUGAUGAGCUAUAGCAUUUACUUGUUUUGGCCAGUAAAUUCUUUACCUACUUGGUGUUAUGCUCUUGUCCCCUCCCUUUGCCUCCUCAAUGGGGUUCCCUUGUAUCCGAAGGUGACUAGCCCAUGGUGCAUUCCCUUUGCUUUUGUGGCUAUUAGCUCAUAUGGGUCCAGCCUUCAUGAAAUGCUAUUGGCAAAAGGAACACUCAAGUCCUGGUGGAAUGCUGAGAGAAUGUGGAUGAUUAGAAGGGUCUCCUCCUACCUCUUUGCCUUCAUUGACAGCAUUUUGAAGCUUGUUGGUUUAGGAGAGAGUGGAUUCGACAUCACAACCAAGGUCUCUGAUGAGGAUGCGAUGAGGAGGCACGAGCAAGAGAUCAUGGAAUUUGGUGGUGCAUCUCCAAUGUUUGUCAUAUUGGCCACUUUGACUCUGUUUAACCUAAUUGCAUUUCUAUUAGGCCUAAAGAGAGUUAUAACACAAGGAUCAUCAGCCAUGGAUUCUCUGAUGCCACAAUUAAUCCUUUCCGGGUUCAUUGUUAGCAUUUGUUUUCCGAUAUUCGAGGCGCUGUUUAUCCGCCGAGACAAGGGCAGACUACCAAUCUCAGUUGCCUAUACAUCCAUUGUUCUAGUGCUCUUAAUCUCUUACAUUCCAAUCUUUUAGAGAGAGGACUCGAGGACGAAAUAUUGAUUGGAAGAGAUUCUGAAAUGUUGGUUAAUGAGGCCCCAUUAAGUGCAUAUAAACUAAGUUUGCUGUAUUAUUAGUUUUUCAUAAAUGUUUGCUGUAUUUUUA